CCCCCGCCCGCCUCCCUCCUCCCUAACUGUCUGUUCAGUUAGCACACUUCGUGUGCGGUCGGCCGGUUAUCUCCGAGACUUUUGCCCUCUUUACCCCGCUGCGGCUGAUGCUAGCCAGUUAGCUCGUUAGCCGUUAUAAGGCAGCGCCGCUCCCCGGGAGGCUAACUGACGGACCGGCCGACUGCACUGAGCGGACAACAGCGGGAUGAGCAAUGGCAUCGGUUCGGGUGGCUGUCCGGGUCAGGCCCAUGAACAGGCGGGAGAAGGACUUGACGGCAAAAUGCAUCAUCAAGAUGGAAGGAACCAAAACCUCCAUCACCAACUUGAAGAUCCCUGACGGCGUUGCGGGAGAUUCGAUGAGGGAUCGAACCAAAACCUUCACAUAUGACUUCUCCUAUGACUCCGCAGACUGUAAAAGCUCCACAUUUGUCUCUCAGGAAAAGGUUUUCAAAGAUUUGGGCUCAGACGUGCUGAAAGCAGCAUUUGAGGGCUACAAUGCCUGCGUCUUCGCCUACGGUCAGACCGGCUCGGGGAAGUCCUACACCAUGAUGGGAAAUCCAGGAGAUGCAGGUCUGAUCCCGAGGAUCUGUGAGGGUUUGUUCAGCCGCAUCUCUGAGGCGACUCGAUGGGAUGAAGCUUCAUUUCGUACAGAAGUCAGCUACCUGGAGAUCUACAACGAGAGGGUGAGAGACCUGCUGAGGAGGAAAUCCACUCAGACCUACAACCUGAGAGUCAGGGAGCACCCAAAAGAUGGACCGUAUGUAGAAGAUCUGUCCAAACACCUGGUGCAGAACUACAGCGACGUUGAGGAGCUGAUGGAGGCCGGAAACAUCAACCGCACCACCGCCAGCACCGGCAUGAAUGACGUCAGCAGCCGUUCACACGCCAUCUUCACCAUCAACUUCACGCAGGCUAAGUUUGAUGCAGAGAUGCCCAGUGAAACAAUCAGUAAGAUCCACCUGGUGGAUCUGGCUGGAAGCGAGCGAGCCGACGCCACCGGCGCCACCGGCGUCCGACUGAAGGAAGGAGGAAACAUCAACAAGUCCCUGGUCACCCUGGGCAACGUCAUCUCUGCUCUAGCCGACAUGACGCAGGACGGAGUGAACACCAACCUGAAGAAGAAGUCGGUGUUUGUUCCCUACAGAGACUCUGUGCUAACGUGGCUGCUGAAAGACAGCCUGGGCGGCAACUCCAAGACCAUCAUGAUCGCCACCGUUUCCCCUGCUGAUGUGAACUACGGUGAGACCCUCAGCACUCUGCGCUACGCCAACCGAGCCAAGAACAUCAUCAACAAGCCAACCAUCAACGAAGACGCCAACGUCAGGCUGAUCAGAGAACUGCGGGCUGAAAUCGCCCGACUGAAAGCUCUGCUGAUUCAGGGCAACCAGAUUGCUCUCCUGGAUUCGCCCACUGCUCUGAGUAUGGAGGAGAAACUGCACCAAAACGAAGCCAGAGUCCUGGAGCUGACUAAAGAAUGGACCAACAAAUGGAACGAGACACAGAACAUCCUCAAGGAGGAGACUCUGGCUCUGAGGAAAGAGGGGAUCGGUGUGGUGUUGGACUCUGAGCUGCCUCACCUCAUCGGCAUCGACGACGACCUCCUCAGCACCGGCAUCAUCCUGUACCAUCUGAAGGAGGGACGGACAUAUGUGGGCAGAGAGGAUGCGUCCACAGAGCAGGACAUCAUCCUGCACGGUCUGGACCUGGAGAGUGAACACUGUAUGUUUGAGAACCAGAACGGCACAGUGACUCUGGUGCCGCUCGGUGGAGCUCAGUGUUCAGUUAACGGAGUCCAGGUGACGGAGCCGUCGCAGCUCAACCAAGGCGCCGUUAUUCUGCUCGGCAGGACCAACAUGUUUCGGUUCAACCAUCCCAAGGAGGCAGCCAAGCUGAGGGAGAAACGAAAGAGUGGCCUGCUGUCUACAUUCAGUCUGUCUAUGACGGAUCUGUCCAGGUCCUGUGAAAACCUCUCCACCGUGAUGCUCUACAACCCCGGUCUCUUCACUGAGAAGGGCCCCGUCUUCCUCAGGUUGGAGUUUGAGAGACAGCAGCGAGAAGAGCUGGAGAAACUGGAGCUGAAAAGGAGGUUGAUCAAGGAGAUGGAGGCGAAGCAGCAAAGUGAGAAGGCUGAGCUGGAGCGCCUCCAGCAGGAGGUGGAGAGUCAGCGGAAAGAGUCUGAGGAGGUGCAGCAGCGAAUUCUCCGUCAGGAGGAGAGCCUCCGCCACCGCAGCCAGGACAUCGAGAGCCGCCUGCGCGACUUCCUGGCUGAGAAGGAGCGUUUUGAGGAAGAGAGACGUUUAGAGAUCCAGGGGGAGGACCUCCAGCGACGGCAAGGGCAGGACCAGCAGCGGGAGGGUGAGGCGGGGGAGGAGCAGGAUGAGGAGCAGCGCUUGCAGCAGGAGGCUGCAGAGCAGACCGAGAUCUACCGUGAGCUGGGGAGGCUGAAGAGGGAACGCGAGGAGCAGAAGGUUCGCCUGGAGGCUGAACGGCGGCGGCUGGAGGAGCAGGAGCGGGAGCAGCUGAGUCUGGUGGGGAGGCUGGAGGAGCAGCUGAGGGAGAAGCACGAGGCAGCCACCGCACUGCUGACCAGGGAGGAUGCCCGGCGCCUGGAGGAGGAGCGCCGAGCGCUGGCCGAGAUCAGAGGAGCGCUCCUCCGUGCCAAAGAGGCCGGAGAGCGGCCAGAUGUGGAGGAUGCCAGCGAGGAGGCGAGAUCUGCCCAGGCUCGCUACACGGACUUCAAGGCGGCUCAGGUGGAGGAGUUGGGCCAGUUGGAGGACGGGCUUCGGCAGCAGAGGGAGCGCCUGGAGAUGGAGGUCGCUGCUGAGCGCAAUACAGUUCUGCUCCUCGCCCAUGGCCUCAAAGAAAGGCAGCAGCAGCUGAAAGAGGCGCAGGAGCAGGGUGCACAGGACGCCAGCGCUGUCUGCCAGGAGGAGCAGCUGGUCAAACAGGCAGAGCACAGACUGCAGUUUAAGGAGCGCCAGCUGGUCAGCCUGGCUGACGGCCUCCUCCCCGCGUUGGCAGAGGAGAAGCAGAGAGCUGUGGAGAUGUUGGAGCGCAGCAGCGGAGGCAGCAACGGGAACUGCGACAGUCCGCCGGGACUGGACAACACGCUGUACGAGGUGGAGAAGGAGCUGGAGGACAAGGAGGAGAAACUGAACCUCCACUGGCACAGUGCUCAGCAGCUCCAGCAGCUCCAGGAGACCUACGAGUUCACAGCCAACGUGGCCCGGCAGGAGGAGAAGGUGAGGAGGAAGGAGAAAGAGAUCCUGGAGUCCAAGGAGAAGCAGCAGAGGGAGGCAAUGGAGCAGGCGGUUGCCCGGCUGGAGAGGAGGCACUCGGCCCUGAGGCGCAGCGUAUCCUUGGAGCCCGACACUGAGCAGCAGAGACACAAGAGCUCGGUCCAGAGGAACCUGAGGGGGGCUGACCUGGACCAGCAGAGGGUUGAGCGGGAGAUCCAGAGGCUGAGGCAGAGGAUCAGUGAAGGGGAGGAAAACAGCAGGACUCACUCCAUCAGUAACGAUGAGAAAACGAGUCACAACAGCUCUCCAGUCAGCCACAUCCAGAGUCUGAACACACUGCUGCCGCUGUCGGACGACAGGAUAAAUGCGUACAUUGAAGAGGAAGUCCAGCGAAGGUUACGGAAGAUGAACCUUCUGAAUGGCAGCAGCAACAUGGAUCUGUCUCUGUCCUGUGAAUCUCUCAGGGAGGAGGAGGAAGUUAGCGACUGUAGCUCUGUUAGAUUAACAGAUGAGGAUGAUGAAAAGCUGCAAAACAUUAAUCCGAGGAGGCUUAAAUAUGAGCACUUGGUUUCUCGUCCUCUCGGGACGAGCGCCGACGGCCUCCAGGAGCCAGUUAAAAUUAGCAUUCCUCGUUACGUUCUCCGCGGGCAGGGGAAGGACGAGCACUUUGAGUUUGAGGUGAAGAUCACUGUGAUGGACGAGACGUGGACUGUGUUCAGACGUUACAGUCGCUUUCGGGAAAUGCACAAGAGCCUCAAGUUAAAAUAUCCUGAGCUCGCAGCUCUCGAGUUCCCGCCGAAGAAACUGUUUGGAAACAGAGACGAACGGAUGGUAGCUGAACGUCGGAAUCACUUGGAGCGGUAUCUGAGGAACUUGUUCCGGGUGAUGCUGUCAUCCUCCAGCUCUCCUCUCAGAGCCGACGCUGACGGCGGUUUCCAUCUGUCCAAACACGCCAUCUGUGAGUUCUCGCCGUUCUUUAAGAAGGGCGUCUUCGAGUACGGCAGCCACGGCACCGGCUGACUCGACUGUGCAGCGCCACAGAUCUAAGAUCCUCUCCAAACCAAAACAAAAAACUGCUCGGUGCCUUUUCCCCGGGCCUCAGCUUGGGAGACUCGCCUCAGAAGGUCAAAAGAGGGAAAACUUGCAGGUCAGUUUCCUCUCCAACCUCCCGCCAUCCUGUGAGAUGCAGAUCUCAAACCUGUCAGGUGCUGUUCAGCUCUUCGUCCAUGUGGAAACAUUAUCGUGAAUGUUUUAGAAGGAAAUUCCACACUCUGUCGGAGAGAGUUUCAUUUCCACAUCAUAUAUCCAGAGGAAAAUGUAACUCUAUGAAGACAAAUUUAUAUGAUCUCCAGGAUCUUUACAUUUGUUCAGUUCUCUCCGUUGAUGGAAACAAACACUUUCUUAGACACAAAGGCAUUCAGCACGUUCAGGCAAUAAACUGUUAUAUUUAAUAUAUUUACAUGCAGCUAUAAUAUUUAAGGCAACUUCCUCAUGUAGUGACAGUAGUGACUGUACAACCCUAAAGGUAGAACAAAAAGUAACACUGCCAGGGUUGGGGGUUCAGUUCCCAGUUCCGCUCAGUGGAUGAGGUUUCAAUCAAACAGAUCAGUUGGUCCUGAACAAUCACUGAGUUCGAUCUACUGCUGAAACAAUUAGUUCAUUAAUUAGACAGUCAUCAGCAAAGAAUUAAAAAUUUUGAUAAACAGUUAGUUGUUUGAGUCAUUAAACAACCAGCAAUGCCAUACAUUUCACUUGUUUCAGCUUUUUAUAAGUGAAGAUUUAUUGUUUUUCUUCAACCAGUAUCAUUUAAACUGAAUAUCUGUAGGUUUUGGACUGUUGGUCUGGAAAAAUAAUACAUUUAAAGACUUUACCUUGGGCUCUGGCAAAUCACGUUGGGCAUUUUUCACUCAUUUCUGAUAUUUUAUAGACAGGUUUCCUGUUUACGAACAGUUGAGGAUGUGUGCGAAGCGGGGGGGCAGAAAACUGGACGCCAAAACAUCAUGAUAUUAAACAUGGACAUUUUCAGUUUAAAAAUAAAACAACUUGAUGGAAACCAGAAAAAUUACUGUUAAGAGUUAAAUGUGUAUGUGCUACUCAUCCGUUGCUGCCACUUUCUUACCACGUGCCACCGACUGUGGCUGGCUAACGGGACACGUAGAUUUCAGCUAAUAGCAGUAACUAUGCUAAACAGGCUACACGAAGCUACACGAGUAAUGAGAACUAAACUCAGUGUCCCAGACCAUCAGCAGACAGCACCCCCCAUCAUCUGGGACCAGCUGUCACCCAGUCACCCAGUGAAACUCUCAACAGGUCCAACCGAUCAUCAAAAAACUGAUCAGAGUCUGACGAACUUCAGCUUCUGUUGGCUGCAGCCUGCAGCAGGUUUCCUUCCUCGUCACUUUUGCGAUUCGUGCAGUUUGUUUCAUGUUGAUCUCCUCAUAAGCUCUCAGUCAUUCUGGCUUGUUUUCUACCCCCCCAUUCUGGCCCGGAAACCUGUCUAUGGACCAAACAAUAAAUCAAUUUAUCAUAAAAUCAAAAAUUUAUCAAAAAUCAUUAAUUGUAGCUGUAGUAUCAUGAUGGACCCAGAAUUUUCUUCUCUUGUCAGCAGAGCCAGGCAUGAACUCUGGCAGGAAAACUUCAGAGCUGUUUGUGUUUAGGUUCGGUCGCAUUAGUCUUUUCGUUCAGUGAAGCUGAAAAACGGAUGUGACGUCAAACUGUAAACAGUCUCUGAGAACGACGAUACACUUUGUAACAGGAGCCUCACGCUCGAGUCGGUCCCUCAUGUGGUCUGAAUGCGAGACGGAGUGAGGAUUAGUGCGGUGGAAUCAUAUGAUAGCUUUACAUUCAAAGAUAGUCAAAAAACACAGAAUCGGUCAUGUUGUCAGGCGUUUGUAGUCGGAGAAGAGGUCGUCCGUCUGCAGCUGGGUUUCCAUCCAAAUGUCGGAGGACAUUUUAACUUAAUGUAAAUAAUAGGACUCGGUUAGUCGAGAUAAGCAUGAAGAGUUUUUUGCGAAAUUUCAAGUUUUUUUUUUUUUUUUCUUCGUUUCCACUCAAUCUUUUUAAUGCGGAAAAUGAAAAUGUGUGGAAGGAAACUCCCCUACUGUUGGGGACAUAACUAAAACCCACAACGUGAAACCAGUCGGGUGACACUGUGACCAGCUGCAGGUGAGGCAGUAUUCAGGGGCUGAGAACAAACCAAAUGCCAGGUCAGCGUUUCCCACCGUGGCUCGUCGUGGUCUCAUCCGGUGAAUUUCAACGGUUGACCACCAGCGCUCUGUGGUGGAAUUAAAGCUGCUUAGACAAAUUUUCUAUCGUUCUUAACACACUGCUAAAGACUGAACUACACAGUGUCCAGAGAAAUAGAAACAUGGAAACAUCGAACACAUUGAAGUCCUACUUUUGUGAAGGAGCAGCUGUAACAUAAUCCACUGCAAUACAACAAACCUACAGGCUCAAAAGUUACCACGCAAUUGAAUUAACACCUCUUCACAAUGGUUCCAUUUAAAGAAGUUUUGUACAGUUUCCAUUUUCUGGUUAACCAGUGUAUUUUAAAAUCAUCUAAUCAUUCUGAUUCAUUUGCAGUAGAACAACAGUACUUGGAAAGUCUGUUACUUAAAGCUGCACUAAGAAACUGUUUUAAUAUAAAACUACAGCUGAAUUAUCAGUCAAAAUUAAAAGUUGGGGCUUCAACACAGAAGAGUUUUUAACACUGAUGGAAACUGGAACUGGAAAAACACAAUGAAAGAGCAAACAAGUUAUAACACUGUCUAUAAACCAGCACUGAGCAGAUGCUACAAAGACACCAAGGCGUUGACCCACACUAAAUUGCAGAAUUUUUCAACGAACCUUUGAACUGUUAAAACGUUCAGACAUUUACACGUCGCUGCCCCGCUGAGUUUCUAUAUAGCAGCGAUGCAGCUCUUUACCGUCGUCACUGACGUGAUCCGUCACCUCAUACCAGCUGCCGAGCGCCAACAGCAACAACGAGCUGUUACGAGAAACUUGUGUAAUAUUUGACAGGUUUCCUAGUAGUGAUGGACAUAAUAUCAGGGCCAAGCCUUUAAGGGUCCAGGUAGGAGCUGAUGGAGCUCAGCCUGCCGUACUGUCAUCCUCAAAUUUGGUGCCACCUGGAAGGACAUUUGGGGAUUCGGUAGGAUGCGUUUAUAUGGCUAAAUCUACAAAGUUUGUGAAACUUCUCUGAGUAAAACAAGUUGGUUUUUUUCCCCGCUCGCGCUCUUCUCUGCUCUAAUUAUUUAUUUACGACAGCAUGAUGGUUCCAGUUUAAUUAGCUGGACAGUUGGAAGGAGCUUGUUAACACUUUUCAUGGUAUCAUGAAUCGUGGAGCCGUUGCUCGAUCCUGAAGAGCCAGAGGAAAAAGCUAACAAAAAAUGCAGCCUCAGAAGCUGUUGUUUUAUUUUGUCUGUGUUUUUCUCAUUGAGAGUCACUGUAUCAAACAAAUAGGUUUUUGAGAUUAAAGUGGCUGUUACGGUUUCUUUUUUCCAAUCAGUCCACAGGGAGAAAGGAUUCAUUCACGGGGAAUAUUUUUCCCCGCCGCCAGCCCAACACCUCGCUAAUAAACGAUGUAUUUCAGAGCUGAUGUUCUUUUUGUUUUCCAAAGAAUCCGUGCCAGUGAGUAAAACCAGCUCGCUCCUCUUUCAUGGAGCGGCAGACAGUAGAUCCUAAAGUCUGUGUGAGCAACAGGUCUGGACCUGAAACUAGUCGAGUUUCAUUUGAAAGUGCUUGAAUAUGAACGGCCAACCGCUGGCUGCUUUUCUCCUAAGCCAUACUGUGUGUAUAUACAAUGUCGAUGUUAAUGUACAUAGUUUUCUAUAUGAUAUGCUGGUAUGCAAUUUAAACUGGUGACAUUGAAUGUCAGUAAAGGGAAUGAA